UUGGUCAUACUAAGAGGGAAAGUGGUGACAGAGGGUCUCCUCUUGGGGACAGUGUGUUCCCUUCUUUGUUUGAGAGGAGUGUGUGAAAUCUUAAUCCACACAAACUCAUGAUCCAAGUGUAAAAACAUGAUGUAACAUAAACUUAAUCUGUCUUCCGCUUGCUUCUUGAAAAGGUGCAAAUCUCUGCAGUCUGCUUGUUUGCCGUCUUAUUACAGGUGAUGCUUGUUAAUCCAGUUAGCCUCAGGCUGCCGUUGUGGCAAACCAAGCAGACUUGUGUUGGCUUCGCCGCACUCUGGAUCUCUACGCUAACGGCAUGCAGGAUCUCCUAUAGGAACAAAGGAUGUUUAACUGGGUGGUAAAAGUGGUCCCUCAGCCCCCUGAAGUUCCUGGGACAGAAGAAGUUGCUAAAGCCUCAGCUGCUAACAAUAACAAAACUAAAGAGGGAGAUUCUGCAUCAGUGGACAGUCAGACCCAGGCCGGAGUUUUAGGCUGGCUGUCCAAUGGGUUUGUCAGCGCCCUGCCUCAACCAGCCGGCUCACCUCUAAUUGACAGGGCAAACUCUGAGACCAGGGUGGAGAAUGGAGAAAGGGCUGGAGUGAUCGGCUGGGUCUCUCAGGGUCUGACCCGGGUGUUGCCUCAGCCUGAUGAUAAAUACAAAGAGACUCGUGAUCCGAAUGAGGAGCACACCGAGGUGUAUGAAGUUGAAAAAUUGCCAGAUUUUGAUCCCCUCCCACACAUCCCUGUGGUGGAGAUGCACUCAGAGGAUGAAGGGGAUGUAGACGAUAUGAACCCUAAAUUCCCUCCCAACAUGGUGAACUGGAUAAAGCAGAUGGUCCCUCAGCCCGUUAUGCUGCCCCCUGGUGCUGUAGCAGUAGAACCAACAAACAAGUCUACCCGGUCCUCCCUGGACAAAAUUUUGUCUCCACCACCUGAAUCUCUCAGUGGGAUCUCACUGGACACUGACAGCAAAGCCUCAGGUGUGAUUGGCUGGUUUGUGUCCGGACUGGGCCUGAAGCUGCCUCAGCCUGCACUUCCAACUAAAGAUGAGCCUCAGACUCCAGAGGAAAUCCUACAGAAAGGGGGGAAGGCGCUGCGAGCCCCUUGAACAGCAGGAGGAGACGACUGGGGGACGCUCUGAUUUCCACUAACACACAGGCAGAUACCGAUAGACAUAUUGAACUGUUGGAUUGGCAACAGGUGCUAUACAGCUCUGCACAGAAAACAGGCAGCUGUUAAAGAUGACAGGAAUUAAGAGACAUAUUCAACUCACCUUGCUGUACUCGAUGCAGUUUCAUAUGAAUGUAUUACAACUCAAAAAGCACUGAUAUGAUUAAAACCUGUACUGUAUACUA